GACGAGUAUGAAGCGAGGGCCAGCCAACGAGAGCGUACAGGUCGCAAUGGGGCUUUGGUGACAAAACGGAUUGCACUGUGAUAGACUGCAUCCGAUUUGUUGAGUAGGGUAUUGGAGGCUAUUUUGAGUCUUAUUGAGGCUAUUUGGAGUAAGUCGCUCUGGAUAAGAGCGUCUGCUAAAUGACUUAAAUGUAAAUGUAAAUGAUAAAGGUUCUGAAUACUUAUGUUAAGGUUUAUUUGUUUUUAAUACAUUUUCAAAAGAAUCACAUGUUUUCCCUUUUGUCAUUGUGUGUGGCUUGCUGAGGAAACCUUUGUAUUUAAUCCAUUUUAGAAAGCUAUAACAUAACAAUGUGGAAAAAAUCAAGGGUUCUGAGUACUUUCUGAUGGCACUGUGUAGAACUGUCACACCUCUUAUGAAUCCUGUUAGCAGUCUUCAUUGCUUUUCUAUCUGCAGUGUUCAGUACGUUGCACCCUCCUAAAAGCAACCCAAGUUACAGAAUGAUGCACUUACCGUAAGUGUACUCAACAGCCUCUUUCCCCAAAGCUGGAUUAUUUGCUGGAAGAACGACAACCGCUGUAGCUUGACUGGUUAGCUGGAUCACAUGUCUGGUACGCAGAAAUAUUUCUGUCCACUGUAAACAAUCUGUCUGGAAAAACUGCAACAGCAAAGCCCUCAACUAGAUCCAACCUCAAUCAUAACAUUUGUUUUACAGUUACUGUAUUCACAAUCUGCAUUUUUCUUUAUACUGUACCUUUUACUUUGGAGCGCUUGGGCAGCGCGUUUAGUGAUUGAGAAAUAAGUGGGUUACUGAGUGGGUUUGUGGUAGUAGUGUGCGUGCGUAUGUGUGCCUUCUGAGAGCCUUUGCAAUGUAUGAUUUGUUCAUGUUCCUUAUAUUAAAUUGUUUGGUAUUCUGUAUGAUUAAAUAUGUAGCCAUCACAUCUCCCUAAAUGUCUCAGUCAUUAGUUCCUGAAUCUACUUUCAACUGGGAUGUUUUAACAGACACUAACAGUAGCUUGGUGAAUAUCUCCACCUCGUCAGCUGUUGUCCUGGUGUGAAAGUCUAUAAUCCUCACCAAAAACUGCAGCCCCAUGCCUAACUUCUGUGUACACAAAGAGCGUAUUCUGUGGAAUAGUAAUAGUGUUGUAUUUUUAUCAAUUUUAUGAAUGUAUUUUUGAAAUGUUAAAGGCAAAUUGUAGUACAGUAACAAAAAUGUAUCCCUCUACCAAUACACAACUAAGCUCGGGGCCCUGGGUCUGAACGCCACCCUGUGCAACUGGGUCCUGGACUUUCUGAUGGGCAGACCCCAAGUGGUGAAGAUAGGAAACAACACCUCUGCUACGCUGAUCCUCAACACGGGUCCCACAAGGGUGUGUGCUCAGCACCCUCCUGUACUCACUGUUCACCCAUGACUGCCAUGCACGUAUCCAACUCAAUUCAAGUUUGCAGAAGACAACUGUGGUAGGCCUGAUUUACCUACGAUGAGACACUUUCCUGUCUACAGGGAAGUAUCUUCAAUGUUGACCAAACGAAGGAGCUGAUCGUGGAUUUCAGGAGAUACUGUAGCAGAGGGAGCACACCCUCAUUGGAGACGGUGGAAAAGCUUCAAAGUUCCUCAGCGUGCACAAAACAUGAAAUGGUCCAUCCCAACAGACACUGGCAAAAGGCGCAACAGUGCCUCAAUCUCAGGAGGCUGAAGAAAUGUGGCUUGGCCCUGCAGAGACCGUACAGGUGCAUCAAAGCUGGGAUUGAGAGAUGGAAGCUUUUUUUUUAAUUUAUUUUUUGCUCUAGCAGUUGUCUGUGCAGUUUGUCCUUCUGCUGUUUGAAAAUUUAGCAAAAAUAUCCAGAGUAGUGUUAAGAACUUUUUUUGUUGUGUAUUUCUGUUUUUUUAUUUUCAAUACUGACGCAAAAUCGAACUUAACACUUGCACAGUAUGGCCGAGCCUAAUUGAACCACAGCCCAAAUGGCUUUAACGUCCAGCUGAUUUGCGAAGAAACUAGCUUUGGUCAACUACUUUGGUUAUGUUCGGCUAUUGUGCAAUAAGUCAAGAGAUUGAAAAUACAAGUGACAGAACCUACUGGCCCUCAAAAAGUAGGGGGAACAACACUUUCCUGAGGAUACCCUAUUUCUACCUACCACCAAAAGGACCAACCGCUACCUCAAAUAUAAUUUUAUUCAACAUUCUGUCUUAUAGACUAUUGUAUCUUUUUUUUUUACAGUGACUUCUUUCAGACUGAUAUCAUGGAGUAACCAUGGUAACAGUCCGAUGUUUAGGGAACUGCCCUAUGUACAUAGUCAUUGAAUACUGGUCAUUUUAAUCAUGUUUACAUAGCGUUUUACCCACUUAUCUAAAUACCGUAUUCUAGUCAAGGCUCAUCUUAGAUACACCUUCUCCAUACUGUCCAUAAUGUCUAUACACACAAUUUAUGUAGGCUACAAAUAUUUAUAUUCUGGACUCUGACAUUGCUCGUUUUAAUAUGAAUAUAUUUAUUCAUAUUUUGGGGGAUUUGUGUGUAUUACUGCACUGUUGGAGCUAGGAACACAAGCGUUUCCGAUUCAAAUCUGCAAAAUAUGUGUAACCGGCCAAUAGUAUUUUAUUUGAUACACACAGACAUCUAGCUGACUCUUUUAUCCCCAACCACUUCACACACACUGAGAUUGAGAGAAAACGUAACCCGCUCACCCACCCUAAUCUAAUUUGCAUACAAAAACGAACCUUUGUCCUCCCGUGAAUGCCCAGCUUCCGCUUGACAGGUAAAUCCCCUGACGUCUCCAACUCCAGAGGACCUUUUUCAUGAAAAUACAAAAUAAAGACGUAGGCCUGUGUUAUCCUCCCAAGAAAUUGCCUAUAAUUGUAAAUAUACUGCAACAGUAUGUGUGGUUUCGAUAAGGAGAAGGGCCCGGGGUGGCUGAUGAAGAAGGGGUUUACUCUGAUCCUAGUGGGCCACAUCAACUUCAUCCUGGGAGCCAUCGUUCACGGUAGCAUUUUGCGUCACAUCUCCAAACCCAACGAUCAGAUCACCACCGAGUUCACCGCAGCCAACAUCAUCUCUGUCACUUCUGGACUGCUGAGCAUUGCAACAGGAAUCAUUGCCAUAUUGGUGUCAAGAAAUCUGCCAGUUUGGAAACUGCACAUAGGUCUUCUGAUUAGUUCCUUCCUGAAUGCCCUACUCUCUGCGGCCUGCAGCGUCGGGCUCCUAUUGGCUAUUAGCCUCACAAUUACCAAUGAGGGGCGGGGCCUCAUGAUGGGCUGCAACUUCACUGACCAGCCAAUCAACGCCCGCUCGCCAGUCAAUGCGGACUGCCCCUUCGACACCACACGGAUAUAUGACACUACCCUGUCUCUGUGGUUCCCAUGUGUUCUGCUGGCAGGACUGGAAACAGGACUGUCCAUCUGGUGCUUCGUAGUGGGACUGGUACUGAGGGGUCUAGGACCCUGCUCACACGCAUACCUCAAAGAACAGCUGGAGGAAGAGGCUCUGACCAAUAGGGCAGCAGCAGAUCCAGAGUACUCACCCCAAGGCCAAAGCCUGAUUGGAUAGAGGACUGCCACAGUCAUGGAGUGAUGACUGAACCUCGUCCUCUUCAGAGAACCUCCCCGAUGCCACUCAUACCAAAGACUCUCCUCUCCCUCUCAGUGAGCGUCUAGACUGUAAGAUGACCAUGUCUCUGUAUUUGUUCACGUCUGCUGAGAAUGUCAACCCUCCCCUUGAUCCGCCAACAACAUUUCCCAAAUGACAAACGCCUUUAGUGUAGAGGUUAUUCAUGGGAUCAAUAUCCUCGUUAUAGUAUUCCGCUAUGAUCAUGGAAAUGAUUGUAUUUAAUCACAUUUGGCAUUUAUCAUGCUGUUAUGCCUAAAAAUCCUAGCUGCAUUUUAUUCUGAUUUAUGGGUAAUUCACGAUAUACUUUGUUUUACAAUUAAAGGUCAAAUGCACUGCAUUUCAAACAGUCAGCAAGAAUCUAAUGUAUUCGGGGCUUGUGAAGUUAUACCAAGGCUAAAUAUAAGCCUUCCACAACCACAAGACCCGCUAAUAUUGUUUAACCUGCUUUUUGCAAUAAUCACUGAUCUGGCUUUGAAUAUGCCCUUUUUGUUACAGUUAACCCGAACCAUGCAUAAUGCACAUUCACUUAUAAUGACUAACUUCUUGUAGCAGGCAUUAUAGAAAAUUAACACUUGUCUCAUAAACAAUCUCUCAAGCACAAGCCCACGUGCUACUGAGUAACCAGCUAAUCUUUAUAUUUCAAGUUUAGCCAACUUGAAUCUAUUUGCUGACAAAGUAGAACAGUUUGUUCUACCUUGUUAUGAACACACCCUUCUAUCCAUCUCCUAACUGUUUGAACGGCAUGCUAGCCUGUCGGAUAUUGAAAUCAAGUGGUCUACCUUAUUUUUCAAAAUGAGAAUGAAUAUUACUGCACAUUUCUAAAACACAGACUACACAGCUAAUAUAACAGUCUUUGGCUAAAAUGCUGCUAGAGGUACAUGGUACUGCAAUGCAGCGCAUGACAAACUGAGCAUUAAUUUUCCAAAAUUGAUACUCCCGUUUUAGUAGUCUGCUCUCGUGCAAUUUGAGAAGUUGAGACUUAAAAGGGUAUCUUUAGAGGUUAACAUAUCCUCUAUUACAGUAAAAAAUACUAUCUCAAUGUCUUUCGGGGGUCCAUAUGACUGAUUCUGUUGGACCAAACCUCAAAUGCAAAUAGUGACUAGCAAGUUGAAGCCACUGGUCACAGAGUGAAUGAAGUGAUCUCUUGUCUUUGUUGUUGUGAGUGACUUGGUGUGUGUAAAUGUUAAGGUGCACAGUCACAGCAGAUGGAGCGAAGAAAACGAGACCAAAAAGACAUGAAAACAAGAGGACAUAAACGCUCAUAAAAACUAAAAAUAAACAUACUUUUUGCGAUACAGGCAUUUGGAAUAUCGCGCAAAAACACUAAUUUGAAUUAAUUCAAUAUAAUCGCCCAGCCCUACUUGAUAUUUGUAGGAAUAUAGCAAUAGCCUGUCCGAGAAGGGCUCUGUGGUUCAAUAUCAACUGUCUUGAAUUGCAUCCUCUUCUAUCCCACAGUUUUUUUUCCUGAUGGUGCAUAUGAAGGAAAGGAAACUGGGAGAGGAAACCACUUUAGAGUACUGAGACGCGUCCUAAGAGUUUGUUUCAGGCAUAGCUGGGGUGGGCUCUCAUUCCUCAACACCAGGCAGAAGCGAUCAGCUCAGCGCUGAUGCGGUUAAUCUGGGACUGGGUUAAAUCGAGCAUGGUGUAAUCUUUGCAUGCAAGGCUAAUCCCCCAAACUGAGGGGAAAAUCAAUAUUGACAUAAGGAGGUGACUGACACUAUAAAGCGGGUUACCUGUGCGUGCCCGGCUGAAGGUUGUCCCUCCAGGGAUGCUGUAUGUUGUUGAUACUACAGUAGUAAUACUACAAUGUGGUUUUGGAGUGAUAAGUUAAUGUAAGGCUACUCAUCAAGAUGAGCUGGAUUUCAGAGUUUAAACCCUGGUGGGUUGUCUGAAUUGUGGAAUGUGGUUCAUCAAUGUUUUGUGUUUAAGAGUUGGGUCAAUAUCCUAUUUAUUCAGUAAAUUAAGUUAAUUUCAAUUCAGUUUUAAUUUUUUAAUUAAGCAUGAGUGGAAUUUCAUUUCACCUCCUGGAAAAACUGAAUUGAUCUACAUUUAAUGAUGUACGGUUGAAGUCGGAAGUUUACAUACACCUUAGCCAAAUGCAUUUAAACUCAGUUUUUCACAAUUCCUGACAUUUAAUCCUAGUAAGAAUUCCCUGUUUUAGGCCAGUUAGAUCACCACUUUAUUUUA